AUGUCAAACGAAACCGCUCAAACGCUACAUGGAACGACCCCUUUAACGGUGGAAGGUGACCUCGCCGCGCAGAUGGUUGAGGUACUUGAUGGUUAUGUUUCCCGCGCUGUGGCAAAUUCUGUCGAAGGACGGGAAGGAUUGUGGAAUCGAGAUUAUAGUUCACACAAUGCGUAUACCGAAUCUGUCGAACCAAACCGCGCCCGUCUUCAAAAGCGGAUCGGUUGCCUCGAUCCACGGCUGCCAAUUGAGGAACUCACCUAUAUUGCCACGACAAAAACCGCCGCCCGUCUCACAGAAGAUGAGAAUUACACGGUAUCCCGCGUUCGAUGGCAGGUUUUCGAGGAGGUAGAGGGCGAAGGACUUUUGUUGGAACCGAAGCAGAAUGUCCCAAUUACUGCACAGAUUGUUGCCCUACCCGAUGCCGAUUGGACACCAGAGACGAUAGCGGGG